AUGAAAUCUUUGAGCGGUGUUGGAUUGGCUAUGAGUGUGGUUUUUGGGUUCCUUUUAAUGGCGCUUCUCGCAGAGCUUUACUAUCUGCUAUGGUGGAAGAGGAGGAUCGCAAACGCCAGAAUUGAAGACGGCGCCGCCAAAGAAUUCUUCUUCAUGUUCUGCGGGAAAAACCCGCCGCCGCCGCCGCCGUCUUCUUUAACCAUGAAGCCGCCGCCGCUAGAAGUUUCCAGACCACCAGACAACCUAGUACGCCACGAACCGCAACCUCGUACCGACGACACCGAAGAAGAAGAAGAAGAAGAAGAAGAAAGGAGCAUGGAGGCCGAGCUUAUGAUGCUUUCCGGCCCGGCCCGGUUUCUCUGCACAAUCAAGGAAGAAACAAUGGAGGAUUUGGAAUCAGACGACGGCAAGGGGAGAAUAAUGGAGACUCCGUUCUUAACCCCCAUUGCUUCGCCGCCGUACUUCACGCCGCCAUUAACGCCGGUCAACCAUUUCUUGCCCGCAAAAGAAGAAAUCUCUGUCCCUGUGGACCCUCACACUCCGGCCCGACAAGAAGAAGGGGAUUCCCCGCGGCCAUCUUUUAAGUUCUUGAGAGAUGCAGAAGAGAAAGCGCAGAAUCAUCAGAGCAGAAAGGAGAACGAAGAAGCUUCUUCUUGUUGUUCGGAAGAGGAGCUUCCUUAUAAAGAUGAUUCGUUUAUUACGCUGGUGUUUCCGAGGAGCCGAGAAGGGGAAUUUGUUUCGGAGUUUUCUUCUUCUUCUUCUUCAGUCUCAAGCUCUUCUCAGGUACUUCCACUUUCUUCUUCCCCUUCAAGCUUCGUAUCACCGCCCACCAAAUAG